CAUCAUCGAAAGCAGUGAUACAAAGUUUCCAAGUCUACCACUCUGCGUUUCGAAAAUCAUCAUCCAUGGCUCUGAUUCCAAGCAUUUUUGGUGGCCGCCGAAGCAACAUCUUCGACCCCUUUUCAUUGGACGUUUGGGAUCCUUUUCAAGGCUUCCCAUUUGCAACCUCAUUGGCCAACGCCCCUUCCUCUGCCAGGGAGACCUCUGCUUUUGCCAACACUCGCAUCGACUGGAAAGAGACCCCAGAAGCCCACAUCUUCAAGGCAGAUCUUCCGGGGAUCAAGAAGGAGGAAGUAAAAGUAGAAGUGGAAGAAGGCAGAGUUCUGCAGAUCAGUGGAGAAAGGAGCAAAGAGCAGGAGGAGAAGAAUGAUAAAUGGCAUAGAGUGGAACGAAGCAGUGGGAAGUUCAUGAGAAGAUUCAGGCUGCCUGAGAACGCGAAGGUUGAGGAGGUGAAGGCGAGCAUGGAGAACGGGGUUCUAACAGUAAGAGUGCCGAAGAUGGAAGAGAAGAAGCCAGAAGUUAAGUCGAUUGACAUUUCUGGGUAGACGAUCUUCAUCCUGACAGGCUGCCCAUGUUAGGAUCAAUUCGUAUAUGGAUGAAGUUGAAUAAAUUAUUCAUCUAUCUUGUGUUCUGCAAUGUGCAUUGGCUUUGUAAUCGAACAUGAAAAAGGUUUGUUUGGGUGUGUCCGAUGAAAAUGAAAAUAAUGUAAGUUGUUUGUA